ACAAUGGAUUGUGACGUUGCGGAGAUGGUAGAGGAAUUCAUGGAAGGGGCAUUGGCGAGAUGGGUGGAGCUGUUUGAGAAGACGGUGGACAGGGAGGACGACGUGUCUCCAUAUCGCCAGUACAUGGAAAUCAAUUCUGUGUCCCUGCAUACCUGCGACCGCUACCAGAGGCUGACCAACGGGGUCUUUCUCAACCACGUCAUGAGGGCCAUAGACCCUAACCCCAAGGUGGAGCAGCUGUACCACGGUGACAGAGAUGACCACAUGCUGAGAGUCCAAAACUUCUCCAUCCUCAACCGACACCUCAGGGCCUACUACCAGGAAGACCUGCAGCAGCUGAUUCUGAUGCCCCUCCCAAACAUUGCUAUCCUGGGACAAGAUCCACUGACAGAGGCAGCUAUAGAGGAACUCCGGAGACUAUUGCUGCUUUUACUAGGAUGUGCUGUACAGUGUGAGAACAAGGAGACCUUCAUUCAACAGAUCCAGUCCCUGGACAUCCAGACCCAGGCAGCCAUUGCCAGUUGCAUUCAAGAGGUGACACAGAACCCCAUGAUGGUGCUCCCUCUGCAGUGGGAGGAACUUGAACGGGUGGAGGGAGCGGAGCUACAACUGGUGUUCAGCUCAAUGGCCAAACAAAUCCAAGGCCUGCUGGGACAGAGGGACGCACAUCUGGAGAGGAUAGCAGAGCUCUGCAGAGAGCGGGAGGCCCAGCAGGGUGCACUCACAGCGCCCCCGGGUGGCCACAGUGAGGAGUCACCGCAGGGCCUGGCUCUCCAGCUGGCAGACAGCAGGGCCAAGCUACGUCGCCUUAAACAGCAACUAGAAGAUAAAGGUGAUCAGCUGCUGGAUUACACACAGGAAAUUCAAACUAUGGAGGAGCAGUUAAAGAGACUACAGAAAGAGAACCGGUCUCUGCAGGGCGGCUUGCGUGGCAUGCGUGCUCUGCAGGACGAGCUGGACUGUGCUCUGGAGCGGGCGGGUCAGGCGGAGCAGCUUCAGUCGGAGCUUCAGAGCUGUAAGAACAGAUUGUUCAGCCUGGAGGUCACACGCACACAGCUCAAGGAGCAGCAGCAGCUGUGCAUGGCGCUGCAGGAGACCAAGGCUCUCCUGGAGGAGCAGCUGACAGACGCACGGGCACGUGGCUCAGCGCUGAGGGAGCUGGAGAGGGACAACCUCCUCCUGCGCCAGAGGGCCAUAGACCUGGAAGCAGAGCGGGACAUAGAGAGGCAGAGGGUUGAUGAGCUGUUGGAAAUGAACAUGGGCCUGGAGGCGGACCUCAGGCACAGCAGCAACACAUCAGUGGCUAUGGCGCGCCACCGGUUCCUCCAAUCAGAAGCGGAGUCUGACGAAGAGCUGAGCGAGAUGAUUGAUCUGAAGCCGCUGAGCCUGGAGGUGGGCGAGGCAUCGACGCUGAGGCUGCUUGGUGCGGAGCAGGAGAACGCAGAGCUGAGGAGGCGUCUGGAGGAGCUGCAAGCUCAGCAGGAGGCUGAUUCACCAGACAUGAAAGAAGAGCUGGCUUGCUUGAAGGUGGAGCAUCAACACACACUCAGGGAGUUUCAGAAUGUGAAGAAUGAAAAUGCCACACUGAACCAAUGCCUCGAAGCACUGACUGCCAAACUGCGCCAAACAGAGGAAAGGAGCAAGGAUGGAGAGAGGGAGGCAGACAGGAUGGAGAGGGAGGAGAAGAGAGGAGUCCAGGGCUCCGAGUGCUCGCGGCGGGAAGGUGAAGGGACAGUGAGGACAACGAAGGAGGAGGAGGAGAGCGCGGGAGGGAUCAUCAGGAGCAGGAGAGAGGCUGGAGUCGGGGAAGAGGUUCUCCCACCUGAAGAGGGGAAAGAAGAGUUGAGUGAUGAGGGCAUCCGAUCCAAAGCGAGGGGGGAGGCGGAGGGAGGGCAGAGACAGAGAGAGACGGAUAGACAGAGUGAAAAGGAAGGAGUGCUGAGGCAAGGCGCGAUGGAUGCAUAUGACUCUAAAACAACAAUCCAAGAGACCCCAAAACUCCCCCAGACAAAGCAGACGAAAGGAGGAGAAGACACCGCAGAAAGCUGGGCUGUAGACCACCCUGCAGGUUCCUUCUCUGGUCCCUCUGGGGAGAGUGUGGCCGCUCAGCUCCGGGAGGCCCAAGAGGAAGCUGAGAGACAGGCGCUGGUGGCCCAGCAGCUGCAUUCCAAGCUGGGUGAGCAAAGCAGGAAAGCCUGGGACACUGAGCAGAGACUGGUGGUUUUGGAGGCCGAGUUACAGCGGCUAAGGAAGGCUGCCGAGAGCCUCAGAGAGGCUCGCAGAGAAAUAGAGGAUCUUCGGGCGGAGGGUCUGGUUAUGGAGGAGGAGAUGUGUCGCCUGCAGAGCCAGGUGGAGCUCCACAGGAUGCAGGGCACCGUUAUCGCCACCCUGGAGGGAGAGAGGGCCAUGCUGGAGAGGGACCGGGACACACUCCGCGGUACUGUGGAGGCUCUGCGCACGGCCCAGCGCAAGGCCGACCAGUUGGAGCUGACCACCCAGGCCUUGAGAGCAGAAGUUGAACGGCAGGGGCGGAGCUUGGACACCUGUCGUAGGAGGGAAGAAGAGUUAGAGGCCGAGCUCCGUGAAGCUGCCUUGGAGGCUGAGAAAUUGUCCCGGGGACGGGACCAAGCACUGGUGGAGACUUCGCGAUUGGAGCAGGAGAAGGAGACUUGUCAGUUGGAGCUGGAGGGCCAGCAGAAGGAGGGCAGGCAGAGGGAGAGGCAGACGGCGAGACUGAGACAGCAGCUAGAGAGCACAGCCUUGGCGCUGGAGCACAGCAACCAACGAGCACGGGCUCUAGACACCGAAAACAGACGUGUGUGUCAGGAGUUGUCUCAGUCCAAACAGCUCUGCACUCAACUGCAAGACCUGGAGAGGGAGCUUGGAGCUCAACUAGAAACUCUGGAGGAGGACAACCAGCGGCUGAGGGAGGAAUGUGCGGACGCCCAGGCUAAGAUCUGCUCCUUGACCCAGGAAUUAUUGGAUGAACAAACGCGUUGCCAUGUGCUGACUAAGGAAGUUGCAUGCUCGAACCAGAAACUAGAAGAAGCAGAAGUGAAGCUGAAGACGGCCACGGAUUCUCUCAGUCAGGUGCACACGAGCACCGAGCCCCUGACGCAAGGCGAUGAUCUCACCCAACAGGAAAACAGAAGGGGAAGUUGCGAGGCCGAGGCUCUUCCCAUGUCAGUUUCUAAAUGCCCCAGUGAUGCACACGCACAAGGGUUACCCACCCAGGAUCAGCCAGAGGAUGAACCUGGGAAAGGUCAUGACCUUAGCAGGACUCUUCCUGAUUCCGCAGUCGACAUAGAUAGGCUGGCAACCGAGAGGUUGCUAGAGCUGGAGAGAGAGUACACGGUCGUGGCGGGGGAGCGGGAGGCCUUGGUGUCCCAGCUGUCCAGGUCCCAGGAGGUGGGCGAGUAUCUCAGGGAGCAGCUGGAGGCAGAACGCCACCAUUCGCUCAUCCUGCAGGACUCCUGCACCAAGCUGCAGACACUCAAUACCCAGCUGCAGGUGGAGCAAGCAUCCCUGAGCUCCCAGUAUGCAGCACUGUUGGCACGCUGCAGCGGGUUUGAGGCCAGGUGUGCUGCUCUGGAGGCGGAGUCCAAAGUGUGGUCACGGGAGCAGGACGAAUCCUGUACCAGGAUAGAGGCACUGAGGCGGGAAUAUGAGCGAAUGGCGGCACUACAGCAGAGGCAGGAGGCAGAGCUGGAGGAGCUGCUGGAAAAAUACUCCCAGCUGAGGAGCAGUAGCCGCAGCCUGGAAGCCCAGCAUUGGGAGCUGGAGAGCAGGUACAAGGAGCUCCUAGAUGGCAAAACCCAGCAGGAGGAGAGAGAGCAAGACAUGAAGGUGGAGCGAGAGAAGAUGGAGGAAGAGACUCAGAGACGGAUGGAGAGAGAGCGGGAGCUUGGGAGGGUGAAAGAAGAAAAUGUGAGGCUGCAGGCCCAGCAGAAGGAGUGGCUGGCGGCCCAGGCUGAGCUGCUGGCUCAGGGCUCCAGGCUGAGAGGAGAGCUGAGCGCCACCCAGCUGGAGCGGAUGCGGCUAGAGGGCGAGCUCAGCGUGCUGAGAGAGAAGAACCAGGGCCUGGACCUCAGCAACGUCCGGCUGACCACACAGCACCAGCUGUUGGCUCAGCUGAAGGGGAACAUGGAGGAGGAGAACCGUCAGAUGAUGGAGCAGAACCAGAGCCUGCUGAAGGAGAACCGCGCCUUGCUGGAGCAGAGCCUGGAGCGUCGUGACCAGCACCACACCCAGCAGAGGGAGUACCAGGAAAAGCUAAGUGAGCUCCGUCGGGAGAAGCAGAAGUUAGUGGAGAAGAUCAUGGACCAGUACAGAGUCCUGGAGACCAGCGUGCCGCCUCCAGCCAAAGUCAAGAAGUCUAACUGGAUAGCAGACAGGAUGAAGAAACUAAUCAAGCCCCGAGGUGUAGCGGGAGGCAGGGAGGGGCGAGCCCUCUUCAUCGCUGCGGGCAGCGUGGAGAACCUCGCCGACAGCAGCGAAUACACACCAGACACACACACGCUGCAGUCCGACCCCCGCAGCGCUCCAGUCUCUCCCUCGCCCCUGAGAAGAGCCCAACUGCAGUCGGACAUUUCGGGACCCGGGACCCCGGCCAUGCGCUCUGGCUCCGGGGGCCGUAGGAAGCUGGGUUCCCGCCACGGCUGGGGGCUGGGACUGGCCAGGGGCAGACCCGGGGUCUCCCAGUCCUUCAGUCCCGGGGACCAGAAGACGCCGCCUCGCACGCGCCUUCACUCCGCCCAGCAAAGCUCCUCAGCCUCCUGGGAGGGAGAGAGCAGCGAAGUGAGCGCACCCCAGGAGACGCACGCCGCCGCUGAGGGGAGCAUCACAGAGGAGGGAGGUACAGAUUUGGACCCCCCCCUCUGCAGUGACGGCCCCCCCACAGCGUAGCAGAGAGACAGACCUCCCUUCACCUCCCAAACCUCAGGUCCACAGUCGUCGGCAGAUAAUGAGCACACUGACUAUAUUUUUAUGAAAUACUCGAG